CUUCCACUUCAAUUUCAUCACGACUCAGUAUAAUGGCCAGUAACCCAGGUAUGGUAAGCGGCGGCAGCGGCACCGCCGGUGCUGUGAACGUGAAUGCUACCGCCUUUGAACGAGUGCUCGAGGAAUUCAAGAAAGACUUGAAGAAGAAGGAUAAAGACAACUUCCAGAUGACGUCCCUUGAAACGCUCAAUCAGGCGAUUGGAGAGAUACAAAAGCAACAACAGUCGGAGCGGCGGAUGCAGAAUAUGACGCGUCUCAAAAGAUUCAUCGAGGCUAUGGCUGAGUACGGGAAAGUGAUUGACACGUUCUGCAACGGUUCCCAAUUUGUGCCCUUUAUUUGGGGCCCCAUAAAGUUCUUGCUACAGGCGACAAGCGCUUUCUCUGAAGCAUUCAACGAGCUUCUUGAUGCUUACCAGCGGAUUGGCGACAAUCUCCCACUUCUCUUACAGUACCAAAAUCUGUUCCAGGCCGAUCCCAGAAUUGGUAAAAUCUUGGUUUUCAUGUACGAAGACAUCUUGGAGUUCCACCGACGGGCAUUAAAUUAUUUCCAGAAGCCAAUGUGGAAGAAACUCUAUCACGCGACUUGGAAAACAUUCAAAGCUCGCUUUUCGGGUCUAAUCGAAAGCAUGUCUCAACACCGUUCGUUGAUUGAGAGACAAGCACAGUUGUCAGAGAUAGACGAGGCUAGAAAGGCACGAGAGAUAAAUGAGGCAAAUUUCCAGGUCAUGUUCGAAGCUCAAGAUCAUUUUCGUCGCCAAGCUGUGAACAAUUGGUUUCGCGCCCCAAGUGUUGAAAGCGAUCAACACCACUUCUUUGGAAUGCGAGCACAAUAUCCCCAGACAGGAAGAUGGCUUCUUGAACUUGAGAACUUCAAACAAUGGUUUGACCCACAGUUUCCUACCAUUCCCCCACUGUUGUGGUUAAAUGGCAAACCUGGUGCUGGAAAGACUAUCCUUGCAUCUCUCGUCAUCGAAGAAGUACAGAAGCUGAACCCUCGUCCCACAAUCUUGUUCUUUUACUGUAAAGACGGGGAUUGCCAGCGCGAUAAUUUUGUCUCUAUUGCUCGUGGUCUUCUAGCGCAGCUUCUCAAACAAAACAAGGAGAUGCUCCCUUACUUCUUUGAAGAAGCCUCGAAUAGCUCUGACUCUGUUUUAACAAACCCAGCAACUUCGAAAGAGCUCCUAGAUAUGGGCAUCAGAAAUUGCAAGAGUGUAUACAUUAUUCUCGAUGGGAUAGACGAGUGCUCGAGAGACGAACGAAAAUCUAUCACUUCCUGGUUCAGGAAUCUUAUAGAAGAGUUGCCGCCAUCGAAUGCGGAAGCUAUUCGGUGCCUUUUUGUCAGCCAAGACGAUGGGGCUGCUCGAAAAGACUUCGCUGGCCUAUCUACGAUUGCGAUCAAUGCUCGGGACAACAAGAAUGACAUCAAGGAAUACAGCACCAUCUGGGCCGAAAGAAUCAAGGAAAAGUUCGGAAUUUCGGAUCAUAUGAGUAGCAAUAUUGCUCUCAAUGUCCUGAAUACUUCAGAUGGCAUGUUCCUGCUUGCGAAGCUAAUAUGCGAUAACCUUCUCCAGCAAACAUCAAUCGAAGGUCUUGAGGAGGAGUUGGCACCUGAUAAGUUUCCCAAAGAGGUUAACGAAGCUUAUUCUCGGAUCCUAGCUCGUAUCUUCAGACACGCCUCAGCUGCACAGAACAAGGACACCAUGAUGUUACUCAGCUGGUUAGUAUGCGCCAAACGCCCGUUCAAGUGGCACGAGAUCCAAGGAGCAAAAUGCAUCAACUUGGACGAACAGUGUAUAGAAUGGGACCGGCGACGAUUCCGCGACGAUUCGAAAGACUUGUGCGGCUCACUGGUCGAAGUGAGGUCUGACAAGACCGUGGAACUCGUCCACUUGACGGCAAAAUUCUUUUUGGUCGAGGAAAAGCAUGUUCCAAUUGCUACUGAUGAGAUCAAACUGGCAACUUUAUGCAUCGACUACUUGAAUUUGCCCGGCUUCUGCACUCAAAAUGUCGAACAAUUAAUUUUCGAGGGAUACUACGCCUUCAUGGACUAUGCAGUCGCCUUCUGGCUCCGCCAUCUCGAAGCCGGGACCAUAAAGAGCGAAGAAGAAGACGACGACGAGGAUGUGGGUGCUGGAAACGGAACAUGGACGAUGUUUAUGGAAUCUCUUGAAAUAUUCUUAGACAAGCACUGGGCAUCCCCAAAAACUCCUCUUCUCGUCUCAAAGAGGAACAGCGACAGAUUACAGCGAUUCAGAGAGGCUUCAUUUUACGAUACACUUGAACAAGCAGUAGUAUCGACAAGAAAGCAGCUGACUUACUACGGCAAGAUGAAGAAGGAAGAGAUAGCUCUGGAUCUUGGGGAAAUCCUCCUGAAGAUACGACCUGUUCUCGAGGCAGCUUAUGCACAACCAAAGGACGAUAGUGCGAAAGUCCGAUUUGAGCAAAUGUACGGCUCUGAUCUAUACAAGUGUUCCAGAUUCAGUUGCAAUUACUUUCACAACGGAUUCUCAACUCGAGAGGAGCGAGAGCAGCACUUACAGAAGCACGACCGACCAUUCCGGUGCACAGUUGAAGGCUGUCCUACUGCUAUCAUUGGGCUGGCAACUGAGAGCGAGCUCGAGAAGCAUAUGAAAGAUACCCAUGGCACACUCGCAGACCAAGAAGGAGAAUUCCCUGCCGAAAGUGAUAUGGCUCCCCCGCCAAGACUGGAGACUCCUGUCCGAAGGUUACUGCCACCCGAACCCAAAAAAAUAAAGAAGGUCUUCAGUUGCCCUGACUGCUCUAAAGUGUUCACAAGGAAAUUCAAUCUCGAUUCGCAUCUAGCCACUCAUGGACCUAUACGACCUUUUUUUUGCAAAAGUUGUGGGAAACGUUUCGCGAGACGGAAUGAUUGCAAUCGCCAUGAAAACUCCCAUAAAGGAGAAAGAUAUACCUGUGAGGGGUGCGGAAAGGAAUUUACUCGCGCCGACAGUCUGAGAAACCACCAUAAUAAGUCCAAAGCUGGCCAGCGAUGUAGAAUCCCACCUAUUUCGGAUAACGGCCUGGAGCAGGAGAAUCCUGAAGCCCCAGAAGAGAAUUGAACAAGCAACCAAGAUUUGAGGGAAAUGGCUUAGCGGAGAGACUCAGAGAAUUUCUUGGUGUUUCGCCACGUGCAAGACAAAAGACUGACUCGUCUCUUGAUCGAGAAGAGAACAGGCUAUGAAUGUCGAACUACUCGGUAACGGCGCCCGAGCCUCGAAGCCGUAAUGUUAGAGGUGGAGAUCCACCUACCUCGAUCCUCUGGAUCCUUGAUUAAUUAUAAACUACAUCAUUGGUGCCCAACGGCUCAGCAUAGGGUCGGGACAGGAGCAAUAUCGAAAUCUAAAUACUUUAGGGGGAGAUUUAAUCUUCACUUGAUUGGCAAGAGAACUACAAUAUC